AUGGAAUCGGAGCUAAAGGACAUGAAUUCGAAUCCACCGUCGAGCAAAGAGGACCGGCCGCUGCUGAAAUCGGAAUCCGAUGUGGCGGCCGCCAUUGAAGAGCUCGACAAAAAGUUCGCGCCUUACGCGAGGACGGAUUUGUAUGGGACGAUGGGUCUGGGUCCUUUUCCGGUGACGGAGAAGAUCAAGCUGGCGGUUGCGAUGGUGACGCUUGUCCCAGUGCGGUUUGUUCUGGCGAUGAGCAUCCUGCUUCUGUACUACUUGAUAUGCAGGGUGUUCACGCUCUUCUCAGCUCCGUAUCGUGGAGCAGAGGAGGAGGAAGAAGAAGGUGGAGUUGUUGUUCAGGAAGAUUAUGCUCACAUGGGAGGUUGGAGACGGAUUGUGAUCGUGCAGUGUGGGAGGUUUCUCUCCAGGGUUUUGCUUUUCGUGUUUGGGUUUUAUUGGAUUCACGAGAGCCGUCCAGAUCCAAAAGCUACUUCUUCUGAGAUUGACCAGAAAGGAGAAGAAGUCGCUGAAGAAGAACCUGAAAGACCUGGAGUCAUUGUGUCCAAUCACGUUUCGUAUCUGGACAUUUUGUAUCAUAUGUCUGCAUCUUUUCCAAGUUUUGUUGCCAAGAGAUCAGUGGGCAAACUUCCUCUUGUUGGCCUCAUCAGUAAAUGCCUUGGUUGUGUCUUUGUUCAACGAGAAGCAAAAUCGCCUGAUUUCAAGGGUGUAUCUGGCACAGUAAAUGAAAGAGUUCGAGAAGCUCAUAAGAAUAAAUCUGCUCCAACUAUAAUGCUUUUUCCAGAAGGAACAACUACAAACGGAGACUACUUACUUACGUUCAAGACAGGUGCAUUUUUGGCUGGAACUCCUGUUCUUCCGGUGAUUCUAAAAUAUCCAUACGAGCGUUUCAGCGCCGCAUGGGAUACAAUAUCCGGGGCACGCCACAUUGUUUUCCUACUCUGCCAAUUUGUAAAUCACUUGGAGGUGGUAAGGUUACCUGUAUACUACCCUACACAAGAAGAGAAAGACGAUCCAAAACUCUAUGCUAGCAAUGUUCGGAGAUUAAUGGCUACCGAGGGAAACUUGAUUCUAUCGGAUUUGGGACUUGGAGACAAGAGGAUAUAUCACGCGACCCUCAAUGGUUUGUUUUGCAAAAGCUAA